AUGACUCAAAGUAAAUUGAAAGGUAGAGAACUCUACAGGUCCAUUGGAGAACCUAAAACUGUGGUUGCUCCAAUGGUCGACCAAUCCGAGUUAGCAUGGAGAAUAUUGUCAAGAAGAUACGGAGCCGAGUUGUGUUACACACCGAUGUUUCAUGCAAGGCUCUUUGCCACAGAUGAAAAGUAUAGGAAAAAUAUGUGGUCUGAGAAAGAUGGAGCAAAAGAUGAUAGACCCUUGAUUGUCCAAUUUUGCGCCAAUGAUCCUGAAUAUCUUUUACAGGCUGCUAAAAAGAUCGAAGACAAAUGUGAUGCAGUUGAUUUGAAUCUAGGUUGUCCACAGGGAAUUGCCAAGAAAGGCAAAUAUGGUGCAUUUUUGAUGGAUGAUUGGGAUUUGGUUCAUAAAUUGAUCAGAAAUUUGCACGAUAAUUUGAGUAUACCAGUGACAGCUAAAAUAAGGGUAUACGAUGAUUGGGAAAAGUCUUUAGAAUACGCAAAAAUGGUUCUUGAUGCUGGAGCGCAGUUCAUUACGAUUCACGGCAGAACAAGGGAAAUGAAAGGGCAAGCUACUGGCUUGGCAAAUUGGGAGAUUCUCAAAUAUUUGAAAGAUGGUUUACCUUCGGAUCAAGUUUUCUUUUCAAACGGUAACAUACUUUAUCCUGAAGAUUUAGCAAGAUGCAGACAAGAAGUUGGAUCCGACGCGGUCAUGUCAGCCGAAGGAAAUUUAUAUAAUCCUGGUGUUUUCUGGACUGAAGAUAAUAGCAUUGAUAAGCAAUUUGCAAGAGUCGAUAAAAUGCUAAGAGAGUACUUCGAAAUUGUUAAGCAAUGUCCUGGGGAAGCAUCUAGACAUGCGAUUAAAGCCCACUUUUUUAAAUUAUUGCAUGCUUUCUUAGAAGAGAAUAAAGAUAUGAGGCCUCUCAUUGGAAGAACUAGCGUUCAUGCUUCUUUUGAUGAAUGGGAGAAAAUAGUUGUUGAAGUGGAACAGAGGGUACAAAAAAUAUACGAACUGCCUACCAUUAAGGAUAUAGAUGUUAUAAAAGAUGGCGAACUUCAAAGCUGGGGAGGUCGUUAUAAAUCUAUCCCAUAUUGGCGCUGCCAACCGUACUUCAGAAGAGUUAACGGUGAAAAACAAAAUAAUAGAGUUUUAGUAGUCGCUGCAGAUACAAAAGGAGAUCGUGGAACAGAGGUUUCCGAAUCGCUUCGUGCCCUUAAAAGAAAGGCCGAGGCCCCUUUGGCAAGCUUAAAUGUUAAAAAGGCUGAAGUUUGA